AAACCUGGACAAGUAAAAACAUUUAUGAUUCAAUAAAUGUGUUAGCAUUUUAUUAUACACCCCCCUCCCUUCUUCAUCUGACUUGUGGUUUUGUCUAUUUUAAAUGCCAUCUUUGAACCACAAUGUUUAGCAAAGUGGCUCCAUAACCAUCACUUUUUCAAAAUCAGGAUUUUUUUUAAAUUUUUUAUCUGGGAUUUUUUAAUAUCUAUUUGUUGAUCACUAAUGUUGUCGAAUUUAAAAGUCGGAAAGUUGUAUUCUUUUACAGCUUGUAGAAAACUGGCUUUCGGAUGAAAAGGAUGGAGGCUCCAUCUGGAAAUGUGGUCGUAAGUGAAAGAAUUCCAAACUAUUUCUUAGACAUUUAUUUUUUAUUGAUGACAUCUAAUGGAAAAAACACUCUAUAAUGUUAUAUUAACCACAAACUUAAAAAAGAAACCAACAAAUACUUUGCUGAUCACACAGACAACUUUUAACAACUUUGUACUAGUUUCUACUGAUUUUAUAAAACAGCACAACUCAAUGCAACAAUGCCUUAAAUUGACUACGACAGUUUAAGAGAACAAUCACUCUUGUUAUCAAUGUUUAGAGACUUACCCAAAUGACUUCAACUUGUUUUGCUUAAACUAUGUACCAUGACACAGUAGCUGCCAUGUUAAUAUACAGUGAAUGCUUUGCUCUUUUGUAAUGGAACUCUUGGAAAAUUACACAUGAUGGCAUACAUGUAAUGAGUCAGGCAAUGUCUUAUUGUUUCAGGAACUUCCAACUCCAGAUAGAUUUGGUUUGGAUUCUCAGUGUAGUCUGAGUUAAAACAAUAGGAUUAACAAGACACAAAGUCUGAUGAACACACUCAAGAUGCUGUUGUGCUUCUUGGAUAUUUUAUGUUAUAGGUGUGUAUACAUAUCAUGCAAUUUAUCUUUCAGCUGGGCUGUGCAGACCUUAGUCUUCCAGACCUCCCAACCUGUGUUUUCCUCCCAGAAUCCUUGUCUUACUCGAUAAUAAAAACUGGUGAGCUCUUUUAGUCAGAAUUUGGAGCAAUCUGGUCUAAAUGAUUAGAAUAGUAAGGCAGUGAUAGUUAGAAAACAAGCAGGGUGGUAAAUCUGGAUGACCAUUAUUGGACAACCCUGAAUCACAAUGACUUGUUGUUUCAUUAACAAGGUUAUAUUUGUUUUUAUAACUCAUAACUGUCCCGAUUUAAACUUCUAAAAACAUUUAGGAUACAUCUUUAUCUUCUCCUUCCACACCUUUUCUUGGUGUUCAGAUGACAAAUCAUGUGAGGUCACAUUGAAGGGGAAUUUGGAUGAAGUUGCAUAAGCAGCUCAAGUUGUAACAAUGUAAAGUCAUUGCUUUGUAUGGCGAACACUCCUCUGUUUUGAAAAGAUUCAAAUUUAAUAGAAAUCUGGGUGCAAAUGAUCAGUAUAUUUCGAUGAGUUUGUGUCAAAUAACAACAAUCAAGAACAACAAAGAAACUCUUGCAAUAUCUGUACAUAUAGUAUAAAAAACAGUAAACGAGUGAGUGAUAUCAUAAUUAGAAGUCUCAUAGAUCCUGUACAGAAACUGUAUCUAUGUUUGUUGGAAACAUGGACUGUUGGAAAAAUGACAGUUAUUUCUCAAAAUUGUAUCCAAAUCACACAAAGAUACUCAAGGGUGCAUCCACAUCAGAUGACACAUGAUCUGUGCAACAGCACAUUUAUUUUCCUAGUGUGACUUCUUCUUUGCGAGUCCUUGUGUUGUCCAUAUAUAGUCAUCUGGGUCUGAGUACAGAUGCCAGUUUUACACACACCACAGGUGGCAACAUAGACCCCAUCCAUUGGUUCACCAUACGUCAAUGGUUUGGAUAUAGAAGGAUUUAUGUGCGAAAAAGUGACAUUUAUAUUUUCCACUAUGACCUUUUUUGUAGCGCCAUUUUGCUCAUGUUAGAUUUUCACGCUUAGCAUACCACCGUUUGAUAUGGUGAUAUUCACCUGCAUGAUCUCGACAAUAAUCCUGGUUGCAUUAUUGUCGUGAUGAAACCAGCACGAUGGUUUCCUCAUCAUGCUGAUGAAACCAAAGGUACUGAACAGGUUUAGCAAUCCUGCCAAAUCUGUACCACGCCAGACUCCGGGAAAGUGUGUUCUGGCCUCCGUCUGCUAGCAGCAAGAUUUAUCCAACAGUGCUUGAUGGAAAAUGUACUUAAGAGGUCUAAUGUGCCAAGACACACUUGGUGUGAAAGGUCUUUAAAGGGCUCUUCUAGAUAUAUUUUAUAUGACUUGGUGAUUUUUUUUUUUUUAAUUUAAAGGUGUGGUUGUUACAAAACCAAAUAUUUUAGAAAAAAAGACAUCCUGCAAUUCUAGCUGGGAUUUCAGCAUAUUGUUUUGAAUCACUGGAAAGUGUCCAAAUAUUAAAAGGCAAGUCAAUACACGGAUUAAAACACCUUCUGCUGAACGCAUACUUCACAAACUGACCUGCUAUACAAGUCCAGUUCAGCUUCUCUCACAUGUUUGUUAGUUUUUGAAUGUUAUUUGCCUCUUUUUUUAAAUUACAUUUAUAGAACAACUCUAUUUUUAAUUUAAAAUAUGAGGGGAUAAACAGAUGGGAUUUGAUGUUAUUUAGUUUUGAAUGAGAAAAAAGACAACUGAUGAUCGAUCAAUUGAAAUGCAAAAAAAAGGAAAGGUAUAUGUGUGACACAAAGCAGAAGAAGAGACACUUUAGAGAGACAAUACACAAUAAAUUGUAGUUCACUUUUAACAUAAAUUAAACAUGAGACAUUUGAAAGAUAAAACAUGUAAAUCUGUACAAGAUAAAAUUAGUCAAAUUAAGUGAAACUUUGAUAAUUACAACAGUAUGAGAAAACGAUUGUAAUAGAAAAAGUAUAUAAACAAUUCAGAAAUAUAAGGCAGAUACAUUUAGUAGAGCAAAUCUAAGCUUAAAAACAUGAACAAAUUAAAAUCUUAUAAAUGUAAUUUUAAAUCUUUCAACCCCACAAUCAUGUCUUAGUUUCUGUGAUUGUAGUCAGCUCAGAGGCUCUAAAGAUCUCUCUUUCUUCAUUUGGGGAUUUGUCAGCACUCCUAUGUAAACAAAAGAUCGUAAGUGCGAUGAAGUAAAAAGGGUUUCUGUUGCUGGUCUUUGUCGGCUCCUGUUAGACCAAGAGGCUAUUUUUAACAAAAGGGAAGUGUGACGCUGCCGACUUUAGUUAGCUGCUCUUGACACAUCAAUCAUCACACUGCAUUAUUUCACACAUUUAGUGAGUCAACACUAGGAAACACGGCAGCAGUCUGAGGAAAAGCAGAUUUAUGCGUGUGUGGAUUGUUGUGAUCACAUAUAUGUCACACAAACUAACAAAAGUAUGUCGUUGAGGUUUAAAGGAUGUGGGGUUUUUUUCUGUGGCAGCCCUUUAAGCAGCGGUAUGUGUGUUUGCUCGAUGGCGUGGAGGUGCAAAAAGGGGUUUCUACAGCUGCGUGCGUGUUAGGGUUGAGGGGGAAGGUCAUGCAGGUGUGGGAGUGUGUGGUGUUAUGACCCUCCCAGUGUCUGGAUCUCUCUUCCUCAUCAAAUCUCCACUCUCUCAUGGUGAGUGACAUCACCGGAGUUUCCCCAAAGCAGGAAGCUCCUUAUAAAAGAGCCUUUUAAAAAGGGACCCUAGCAGAAUCAGUUCACAGAAGGAGAUAAGCUUGACCUGAGCGAACCAGAAGAACAGAACCAUGGAGGUUGAAUGCAAGGUCCCAAUGAACGUCAGUGACAACACAGAAGCGGAUCAACCGACGACUAUGAGAGGGAAGCCAAGCUCCAAGUUGACAGCGGCGAUGCUGGCUGUCAUUCUUUGCCUCGCCACAGCCGCUGCCGCACUACUCUUCUUCAACUCACAUGCUAAGCAUCCAGAAGUACAUGAAGACUCAUUCCAUCUCAAACUCAGGCAGAUUGCCAACGUGAGAGCGGCCAUUCAUCUGGGAGGGGAAUUCAACGCCUCCCUCAAAGACUCCAUUCAGUGGAUGGCCGAGGUGGACCAGUACCACUCCCAGGGGGGUCUGAAGCUGGACAACAAUGAGAUUGUGAUUCCUCGCAAUGGCCUCUACUUCGUUUACAGCCAAGCGUCCUUCGCGGUCAGCUGCAGCGGCGAUUCGACCGCCAACUCCAUGGUCCACCUCAGCCACACCGUGCAGCGCUGGUCCAGCUCGUACGGGACGACGGACAACAAGGUGUACCGGAACAUUCUGCACUCGGUACGCACGGCGUGCCAGAGGGCAGAAAGCAGUGAGCAGGACGGCAGCGGACAUUGGUACUCCGCUGUGUACAUGGGAGCUGUGUUCAACCUGAGAAGAGGGGACAGGCUGAGGACGGUGAUGGAUAAGAACAUGCUGGAGCAGCUGGAAGACGAUCCGGGGAAAACCUUCUUCGGUGUGUUUGCUUUGUAAGGUUGAGCCUUCAGACCUCACCUCUUUUAAUACUAGCUUGCAUGAGCGAGCCUCCGAGUGAAAGCGGCUAUGGUAGCUGCAGCAAUGAACAAAAGUGUCACACUGGUGUGACAUGAUGUAAUGUUGUGUACUGUGUACUCUCAGUGUCAGUCGGUACCUUUUGAUGUACUGCAACUAUCGAACGAAUGUGCUACUGGUUCUGAUUUCACUACAAGUGGAGAACAGAAAACAUAUUUAUAUAAUUUAUUGCUAUAUUUAUUUGGAAGUAUUUAUUAUUUAUUUAUUUCUAAGUGUGACCUGUGACUGCUGAUUUUUUUAAACAAGUGUUUGAUCAGUGUUUUUAUGAUUCUGUUUUAUUCAGUUGUGGAGAAUGGGACACAAUAGUGUUGUUGGAAUAAAAAGAGUUUGUUCAAAAAUGGUGUUCUUGUGUUUGAAUUCUGCGUAGACGCAGCUGAUGUGCAGCUGCUGCAGAGCAGGAGCAGGCGGUGCAUGCGAGCAGGAAGCAGACGCGAAAGUCCCGCGGUCGGAGACGCUAACCUCACAGCACGAUAACCACACUUGUGUGGAAGAAACUGCAGCCGUUUUUUUCUUUAAACCAGGUACAGUCGUGAAAAACGUUCCAACAAAGAUGCGUCAUCAGUUUCUGCUAAGAUGAAGCAUUUGCUCAGUUAAAUUCAAUUCCAUUUGAUUUAUAUAGCCCAAUAUCACAAAUCAAUUGCCUCAUUUGGCUUACAAUGUUCACAAGCUUCUUUAUAGAAUAUUGUGAAUUUAAGUGAUUAGAACACAUUUCUUACUCUACCAAUAAUACUACUGAUUUGUUAAUUUUGUGCCACCAAAACCUUCCACUUACUUCGAAUGAAUUUGAGACUUUUCUAAAGUGGUAAAAGCUCUUAAAAUAGUUCUUUAGAAAACAGAAAUUUUCUGACACUUUUUUUUAGUCACAAAGUUGUCAUCUGCUUAUCACGCCCAAAGGUUCAGUUCCUUAUCUUUAUGUAUGUGCAAAACACAUGCUGGUGUGUGACUGUGAUUAGCACACACUUCUCUAGACAUACAAGUUAUGGGGAAAUGUCUGCACUGCAAACUUUUUUAUUCUUGCAAAAUUUUAAAACCUUGUUUUUAGACAUUCAAGAAUAGGAAGAAUAUAGAAAUAGAAAACUUAUUUUUAAAAUAUGUCAAAAUCCGUUUGCCUUGUACUCUGGAUCAUAAAAAAAUAUUUCAUUUAAGACUAAUAAAAAAAAUCAAUUUACACGGGAAUUUUUGGUUCAAUUUUAAGGAUCAUAUUUUAAAGUUGUUAGACUGGCAUUUAUAGUCAAUGUUUUGGAAGCAAAAUUUUAGACUUAUGUUUUAUGAAUAAGUGCUAGUUUUAGAUUUAAUUAGCAUUUAUUACGAUGGGUCAAGUCGUAAUAAUAUCACAUUUUGUUCAUACUUUGUUCUAAAAGGAUUCAUUGCCCUAGUUUUUAUUACUGUAAUCAAUAUUAGCUACAAUUAAGUGCAUAAAAA